UCAUAGGAGUAGGAGAUGGUCUACGUGUGAAUGUAAUUUGAGGCCCGCGUUGGUACGCAGAUCAGCGGAUCGGUCCAAGGUUUUGUAUUUACGAGCGUACGACAUGCGUUUCUUCAUCCGCCGAGUUGAGUCCUGCGUUUGAGCUUCAAUCAAUUACCUCCACUCCACAUCCGCAGUAGCACCCCAACUGUUUGAUGAAAGUCUUCAACGAGCUUCCCUCCCAAUAGAAUGCCGUAGUAAAAAUGUUGAGAGUAUCGAGAAUAGUAGCGUUAUCAGCGUCAAGUCUCCUCAACCAUGCUUCAUCUGCUUCGGCUAUUGUGAAAUGUUCGCAUUUCUUCACUGCUUCGUCUGUUCGACCCAACCUUCAAAACCCGCAAGAGAAAUCGAUUCCGGGCGAUUUUGCCAAAUGGGGUUCGCUUGGAUUCUUCAGAACUUCGAAAUUCGCUUCUGGGUUCUCGCCCUUGGAGCGUAAGCCUUUGGAUUCGAUUAUGGAUACUGAGAGGGCGAAGAAUCGGUCAGCCGAGGAAAUCGCUUCAAUUUGGGAUGAUUAUCACUUGGGACGUGGGCAUAUUGGUGCAUCAAUGAAAGCAAAACUGUAUCACUUGCUGGAGCAAAGAGCAGCAGACUGCCGGUAUUUCGUCAUCCCAGUAUGGAGAGGAUCUGGCUAUACGACCAUGUUUGUUCAAGUACAGAUGCCACACAUACUUUUCACCGGUCUCGAAGAUUACAAGGCAAGGGGAACCCAAGCAGCUCCCUACUUCACCAUGACUUACUACAAAGAGUUUGCAGAAACCAAGGACCUGGUGCUUAUUCGAGGGGACGUGGUAUUCACCAGCAAGCUCAGCGAUCCUGAAGCCGAAUGGCUUCUGGAGACAACACAAUCUUUUUACUUGAAUGACGUGAGAUUCAAACUAGUUGAAAGAUUCAACAAAGAAACCCGUGAAUUUGAGUUCAAGGAUGUUCUUCGGGCGCUGGAAAUGCCCGAUUUGUAACUUAAUGGCAGGUUUAUUAUUAGCACAGGAGUACAAUACCAACAUUGCUUUUUUUGCAGAGGAGGCGUCUUUGGUUCGAUCGCCUUCUUUCCUUUCCUGCCCGAUAGAGGUUGUUUCGUUCAAAUCAAUGGGUACAUUUAGAAUUUCGAUUGUUGAUUGGCUUUUCUGCUUAGAUUAGCUAUGUCUUCUCUCAGGAUUUAAUGUUUUCAGCUGGCAUUUGAAAUGUU